CCAAACCCAUUCCUCUUUGGUGCCGGUGUUUAAUUCUUCCACUACCAUUCUCCGGGACCCAGCGCGGGCGCUCAGCUCCCUUCGGCAAUGACGCUUUGAUAUUGCGAUAUCAAACCAACACACAAUCCCCGACCAGCUCACGCGGCCACACGAUGAUCUGCAGGCCCUAUCGCAAUGCAGGGGGGGGGGGGGCGCCGCAUCUCCGAUGAUGCUAUCAGUUGUCAUCAGCUUCCCCACCGCGGGCCACUUAUCUUCCAACCACCAGCCUUGUCCGCAUCCAACCCCGCAAGGGUGAUGACGACAAGACUCACUGAACGUUCGGUUUCAUGUGGUCGGCCAGGUGCAGCCUUGGAUCCUUCGAUCCACAACAAAUGUCAAUGCGUCGUCCGAAACCCUGAACAUCAUUUGAUGGACUCGCAUUACUUAAUCCUUUUUCUCUUUUCCACAUUCUGCUUUUCUGGCUAUCCCAUCUUGAUUGUUAUCAUCACAUCGGGGGUCUGAGCUUUAUCUGAAUCAACGGCAUGUAUAAUAGACUUAAUAUACCCAACGGCAUCUCACAAUUCUUGCCUGCGCUUUGACAUCGCGAAUGAGAUCAUCAAUUCUUCUUUUACCCAAUUAU